GUUUCCAGGGCCGAACCAGGAUGUGGGGGGGCGCGGGUCCUGGGCUUGGGUAGCUGGAGGCCCUCAGCUAGAGCCAUGAGUGAAGGGGAUCGGCGAGGGGGAGGCCUUGGGCAUCUUUGGGCGGUGGGUGGCUCCGAAGGGCUGGCGGGGCCGGAGAGCCGGGUCUAGGCCGGCAGUCUGACCCGUGUCUUGCCCGAACUCGCAGAGCGGCGGGUCCUGUCCUCGCCAUGAGGCCGCAGCAGGCGCCGGUGUCCGGGAAGGUGUUCAUUCAGCGAGACUACAGCAGUGGCACCCGCUGUCAGUUCCAGACCAAGUUCCCCGCGGAGCUGGAGAACAGGAUUGAUAGACAGCAGUUUGAAGAAACAGUUCGAACUCUAAAUAACCUUUACGCAGAAGCAGAGAAGCUUGGGGGCCAGUCAUAUCUUGAAGGCUGUUUGGCUUGUUUAACAGCAUAUACCAUCUUCUUAUGCAUGGAAACUCAUUACGAGAAGGUCUUGAAGAAAGUCUCCAAGUACAUUCAAGAACAAAAUGAGAAGAUAUAUGCUCCCCAAGGCCUCCUCCUAACAGACCCCAUUGAGAGAGGACUCCGAGUUUUUAGAUUGAAAUCACCAUCUAUGAAGACAGAGGUGUGAGCAGUGGAAGAUAAACCACAGGAUGAAAGAUCCCACCUCCAGCUGGGACCUUCGUCUAUCCACUGGCCGAUGGCAGAGUGUCCCUACCUCCUCUCCAGAGCGUUAUUCUCUUGUCUCUGCUGCCAGAGCCACGGUGCCACACCUGGAGUGACUGCUUGUCACUCAGCAUCCACUUUGUGUCUCCCAAUUGUGUAGGACUCUGUGAUCUUUUGAUUUGUUUCCAAGAAAAUAUAAGGAAGCAAUUCACCUUUUAAAAUUCAAAGCCAUUUAAAAAACAGGCAGUUGGUCAGCCCAAGACAAAGUUAUUUUCUUUCCCGACACCAGUCUCACUGGUUCUCCUUGUCCCUUGGGCCAGUUUCCUAGGUGGCUUUAUGAUUCCACAAAUCAUGUCUUAGCUCAGUUCUUCCCCCAGAUUAGUAACGGGCUUUGAGGGUGUGUAUGCCUGUGGCCUGGCUGAUCUGCUGCCCAGAUUCCCCAAGCUACCAGCCUUGAUGUGCUUCAGAUCUUAAGAUUGAUUUCUGCUGUUCAAUUUCAUAGGCUCCUUGAGAGAAUAAUAUAUGUUACUUGUUUUAGUAUUGCACUUAUUAUUAAAGCAGUAUUUAAUGCAAUUCAGGUUGUUUUCUUUGAAAGCAUUUCUGUUAAUGUGCAUUACCUCGAAAUGUUGGGGAGAUAUUGUGUGUGUUGCUUGUUGAUUACCCAGAUAAGUAAGCACAAUAAUCAGAUACUCAGCCAUCAGAUGCACCGCCCCAGCUCCGCCCCAGUGUGUAACAAGCAAGUGUCCUAAACACCUAAGUCUAGUUUUGUUACAAAUAUAACUUAGGAGAAAAAAAUUGGUAGAAAUAAUACUGUAUGUUGCUAAUUUGUAAUCUACUUAUAAACUCUGAUUCACAGCCUCCUCACAUACAGUAUUCAGGGCACAGAGACCUUUUGAUUGACUCAAGUAAGUUUUGGCUUCCGUGUAACUUGCAAGUUCAAGUUAAUUUUUCCAGCUCUUCUCUGUCUCUAUACUCUCGUAGUGUUGGGAUUUCUUAUGUCCUUCCUUGUAGGAGUUUGAGAGCACUGUGUUUGUGAGAAGUUAAGGAACAUGAGGAAUGAAUGAAGCAGUUACAAGUUGAACUUAGAGAUAUUGUAGGUGCUAAUACUGGAUUUAAUCUUUGAGAUUUAAUUUGUUUUCUGGGCCUUGUAGUUAUUCAGUAAACCCCUUAGAUCUGUGUAAUAAUUUAAUUGUAUAACCCUCAUUUGUUCCUUUAAAGCCUAUACUAGUCUGUCUGCCUUUUAAACUUGUUGCAAUAAUGUUGCGGAAAUAUUACCACAUUAGUAAAACUUUUCUUAAAUAAACACUCUCUGUGUC